AUGCUACUUGCCACCUUUAUCAACAUUGUCUCUUCUGACUGCCCGGAGCUACUCACAACCAUCACAAUAUCGGACGUCAUACGGUUUGCCAGCCUUGCCGCGGAAAUAUACACUCGCACCGAGGGCGCCUGGAAUAUGACUCUCGACAGUGCAGACGACGUGAUACCCUUCCUCAGGACCGCAUUGAACUCUUCACUACCGACCAAAGCCUUUCGCCAUCUGUGGCGCAUACUCUUCCCAACAUUGUCCCAAAUCCACAUCCGACCUGCAAACCUGAUCCAACAGCACGGUUACCAAUCGGGACUUCCUGAAAGCAUUCCCGAAUUCUUUCUCACACCACCUGUGAAGAAAUGUUUAGUUUGUGCAAAUCCUUCCACUCCUGAAAUUCGAUUACAGCAUCGCUCUCAAAUCGAUGGCUACGUGUAUGACGUGGACGGCGUACAUACAGCCCGGAUAUACACGAUGAAAUGCCCAAAAUGCACCACCCACUACCGACCCAGCUACUAUUCUGAGGAUGGCACCCGCACCUACUACUCGUCACUAAUUGGCCGGAACCAAGUAGCCUACCAGGUCUCCACCCACUUUUUCAUGACCCACCAAUUGGCUGAACUUUUCCUCAACGGACAAAUGCUUGCCCAUAUCUCGAACUUCAAUCUAGUCAACAUGUUCAACCUCUCAUAUGUCAAUGAUGUGACUGACAUCCCGAGGUUGAAUGGGGCCCCCACUGUUCAACCCUUUAUAUCUGAAUCGACUUGCCGUGAUGCGUUAGACAUUCACUGUCUCCUCAACCGAGCUGACGCGUGCUUUGGUAACUUGAUUGUGGACACCAAAACGACCGCCAGUGAUCAACGUUACCACGACCCAAUGCAACAAGUCUUGGAAUGGAUUGCUCUAGAAGGUACAAAACAUCGUGAUCAUGUUUGUUCAGCAUGUGUCCAACUGACUUCCGAGACCGCUGAAAACGGCAAUGAAGGAUACAUCCGUGCGGUCGUUACAGAUGGUGUAACUAUAGGGCAUUGGCGCUGUACAGCAACAGCGGAUCAGCUCCGAGAACUAGCGGUUUCUGACGGUUUGCCGCCACCAAAUGGGCCGUGUACGACCCCUCUGGCUCGAGUACACGAUUGUUUCUGCCCGAAUCAUCAACUACGGCUCGGGCGGCGUUGCCAUGCUCAGCCUUGCUCACAGGACGCGGAAAAUGGUUCAGCAACAUGCGGGCUACAAGAGCAUGUGGACGCCUAUGCCCGAUUCAAAGCACGCGUCAAAUGGUAG